CAAACUUCUACGGAAUCAGUUUUUUUAGAAAAAUUAAUUCUGGAAAAAGAAUUAGAUGCAUAAUCAAAAUCCAAACACUAUUAACACUUCCAUCGAUUUUUGCUUAAAAAACAAAAAUCAGUGGCUUCCAAAUGCUGAAAAUCUGAAACGCUAAGGCGAUUCCAGAGUUGCUUUCCACUUUGCAAGAAAUGGAGCUUAUAUUGCCCCACGCUCAAUCUUCCCUCUUCGCCCUCUUCAGUACCACUAGGGAAUCCAAGUAUAGCUAUUCUUACUCAGUUUAUAGAAGCAUUGGUUCCCGAGAUGACAAGAGAUCAAAUUUUCAUGCCCGGAAAGAACUCUCUUCAUCUGCAUUACCAGAAACACUAGCAUCUAUUGCAGUUGCUGCCACAGUUGUUGGGGCUGCCACUACUCUUCUUAUACGAAGAACUAAAGCUUCUAAUUCAGUUGAGGUCCCAACAAAGAUGUGUGAAGACUGUGGGGGAACUGGUAUUUGUUCAGGGUGCAAAGGUGAAGGAUUUGUUGUGAAAAAGAUGUCCGAGGAAAGUGCUGUAAAGGCAAGGGCAACAGCACAGAAUGCGGCAACCAGAUACACAGCAGGGCUUCCUAAAAAGUGGAGCUACUGCACCAAAUGCAAUGCUGCCCGUUCUUGUAGUUCAUGCUCUGGCAAUGGGAAACUUCUUGGUUCAUUUUCAACAACACAAAGGCUGGUGAGAUUGGAACGACAGAAUGCAGGAUGAAUAAGUUGCAUGAAUGACAGAUUGGUUGUCUUGGUACGAGUCAUCUUUGGGAUGUUUGUGAAGCUAGACGGGUUCACUUUGUCCAUCUUUGAUGUGCCAUGGCUUGGUUUCUUUGGUUUGAGCUUAUGAUGCCUAAGUGUGGAUGUCAUUCAUACUAUUAGUCUUUUACCAAUCAUCAAAUUCAAAAUGUAAAGUCUUUACAAUAUAUAGUGGAAAAACCGUGUUUACUGUUUAGUCUUGUAGACUGUAGAGUAUCUAUUUGUCCAAUUGGUAUUUACGCAUUUCAUGCUACUAAGCUUUUCCAAACUUAUCCGCUUUGUUGGCC